GACUUAGAUAAUAACAACACCGCAACGGCACUUCCAGGGCUUCUGCACCAGCCCUGCUCCAAAGCAGUGUAAGUUGACGCCUAAUGUAGACGACACACCUCACGCCAUGGCUGCGACCGUAGACGCUGCACAGGACAUGACCUCAAUCGAUUCUGAGGUAGCGAAGGUCGAGAAGGCCAUAGCGCGGGUCGAAGAAGAGAUUAAGGACGUGGAUAAGCGCAUUGUGGAAGCCGAGGCAUACCUGGACUCUUUAAUGAAGAGUAAGUCGCAGCUAGGCUUCAGCAAGGAGGACAAGCUGGUUGAGCAGCGGCUGGACGUCCAGAUUCAGGAGUACAAAGACCGACUCCAGCACCUGCGCACAAAUAAUCAGCACCUGCGCACAAAGAAGCAGCAGCUGCGCACGGAGGAGCAGCAGCUGCGCACGGAGAAGCAGCAGCUGCGCACGAAGGAGCCAAGUGCGCACGCCAACGCACUGGACAUGGAGCGGCAGCGCGACCAGCAGCAGGCAGGGUCGGCCUCCACGUGGUCCGCUUCACGUAAGCCAACGGUGUGGUGGCUGGGCGGCUGGCUCUCCCUGUGGCCAGUGCAGGACAGUCAGCCACUGCAGCAACAUCUGCAUGGGGAGUGUGACGUAGCAGAGUCUGUCGUGCCCAGCAGCAGGCCCAGCAGUUCGGGUGCAGCUUCCCAACGCCAGUCCACCUGUCGGCAUCGCCGCCUGCACGGUGCUGGCCGUCAACAGGCAUCGGCGGGUACCUUGGCUACACCAUCUUCAUCAUGAUGCUGGCGGUGCUCAAAAUGCUGUACAGCGUCAUGAUGAAGAUGGUGUAGCCAAGGUACCCGCCGAUGCCUGUUGAGUUGCUGAAGUGCUGCGCGGAGCAGGGCACUUGGCCGCUGACGACGGUCGGGAACAUUGCCGGUGUGUGGACGGCGCUUCCGAUGCAGAAGCUCGUGGACAUCCUGAUGCAGCCGUUGGCAAAGCUUGGCACCGCCUGGGCCGCCGGGCUGCAGUCGCACCUGCGAGGUGGGCGACUUGCACUUGCUGCUGGCUAUCAGCCCACCAGCCACCGUAGCCUCCUUCCUGUGGUCGGCAGCUGGCGUGGUUCGUCACCAUGGCUUCAUACGCAGUAAUGCUGGCGGUCUGCAUCCUCCUCGCCGUGCAGCUCAUGUCAUUCAUCUGGAAGGCAGCAGGUGACUGAUAAGCGGCAAAGGGGGUGUGUGGCGCCGCGAGGAUGCGUGAGGCACAUGGGCAGGUUGAGUAAAUCGGCUGUUGUGGGGCCCAGGACGGAAGUUGAUGCCAUGACCCGCGACCUAAUACCAGGGACAAGCACGUGGGUUGCGGGUGUGUGGAGUUCCAUGUGGUUGCCUUUGUCAGGAGACGAGGUGCCCCUGCUAGAGGUGCUUGUCGAACGCAGUGCCUGAUACACUGACGCCACUGCUCUCACGUAUGUUCAUUUUUGCAAAUCCAUAUAUGAAAUGGCACACGUGAGGUCAGGCCGUUACGACCCCCAAGUUGACACAUUCGGCACAUCGAGACAAGCACUCGAGUGUCUGCGACUUUAAGCGUGUCGAGCAAGAAGCCAGGCAGGGGAUCGAGACAAGCACUUGAGUGUCUGGCUACUGGCUUCUUGCUCUACACGCUUAAAGUCGCAGACACUCGAGUGCUUCUCUCGAUGCGCCGAGUAUGUCAACUUGGGGGUCGUAGCCAGGCCAAGGCUUGCCUGGCUUCUUGCUCUCCUGUCAGGACCUAUUAGGGGCAUGGGCGUUUCUCUGAUGGGUGAGAACAGCGACGGUUUUCGAUUGCGACAGGGAUUACUCCAGGGCUGCCGGGUCAGGUGUGGCGCGUGUAUUUGCAUCUGCGUGGUUCCGUUGUACGUGGUGCAUUUCUUGCUUCCCCAACUGCGCGGCAGCCAUGCCUGUUGCUGGCGACCUUACUGUUGUCAGGAGUGCGGCGGAGAGCCAUGCGUCAGCUACGGGGAGUGAGAGGCGGCGGGCAAGGAGUGGCCCCCGCAGUGCACUGGGGGAAGUGUGGCGGACACGGCAGGCGUGGAUCUGCUAACAGGUCGCGUGAGCCGCCGAAGCUGGCUGUCGCUGUUGCGGUUGUUCAGGGCAAUGGCCAAAGAAAGUAGCGCAGAUAGAAUGCCGAUUAAAGGAGGAAGGCGGGCUGUUUGCGAUAGUGUCGGGUAUUGAAGCUCGACGCUGGAGUAGAUGAUUGCAACCCUCAGCUGUCUUUCGUACGUAAACCUUCAAUCAAAUCGGACUGAUCACCCCAUGCUGCAGCUCUCGGGCGCCCUGACCUGAGACUCAGUGACAGAGUGCGUAUCACCCUUCCAAUCCGUGCAACACAACGGGGCUUGCUUCGUUCAAAUUGUCUCUCCGC